CUCGCUCCCUCUUCGCGCUUAUGAUUGCCACUUUGUUCACUCUCUUAACCUAUCUCGCACGUAUUGUAAAUUCGCUACCAGCUUUUAUCAUGGCCGAACCACGUGAAAGAACUUUCAUCAUGAUCAAACCCGACGGUGUCCAACGGGGACUGGUUGGGACAAUCAUCGAGCGCUUCGAGAAGAAAGGUUUCAAGCUGGUAGCUCUUAAAUUAAUGUGGCCGUCUGAAGAACUUCUGAAAAACCACUACAGUGAUUUAGCGUCGCGGCCUUUCUUCCCCGGUCUCGUAAAAUACAUGAAUUCCGGACCGGUUGUUCCUAUGGUGUGGGAAGGCCUGAACGUUGUGAAGACUGGUCGUCAAAUGCUUGGCGCAACAAACCCUGCCGAUUCACAACCAGGAACCAUUCGCGGUGACCUCUGCAUCCAAGUUGGUCGUAAUAUUAUUCAUGGAUCCGACAGUGUUGAAGCCGCCAAAAAGGAAAUCGCUCUUUGGUUCACCGAAAAAGAACAAGUCGGUUGGACGCCAGCAAAUGAGAACUGGGUUUAUGAAUAAAAAUCGUCUAUAGGUUUUUAGCAUAAGGACGAAACCGUUAUCAAACAUUCUGGGUUUGUAACUAUAAUCUUAUUUAAAUUUAAAAUGGCAAUUAAAAUAUUGUUAUGAA